UCAAAAAAAAAAAAACACUCAACGCCCGAUCCAGAUCCCCUAUCCCGUCUCCGCUCCCACCUCCUCUCCUCCUCUCCCAAGUCCCAACCCACUCGCCGCCGGCCUCCCUUUCACCUCCUCUCCUGUCCCAACCCACUCGCCACCGGCGAGCACUAGCAAGACAGUCCAUCACCACGCCGUCUGCUGUAGGUGGGCUUCGCUGCCGUGAGCCAUCAGAUGAUGAAUCCCGUCUUCGUCGCUCGCUGCCAGAGAGUCACCGCCGCCGACCGAGCGGCCGCCCUGCCUCGCAGCUAAACCCCUCACAAAAACCCUAGCCAGGAAACCGCCGUCGCCGCCGCCCUGCCCUGCCACCCGGCCUCGGCAUGGACGGGGAGCCGCCCGCGCAGGGCCCCUCCCCCAGCGCCGCCGCCGCCUCCGGGUCCGGCGGCGGCGGGGAGAAGGGCGCCCCGUGCCAGGAGUGCGGGGAUCAGCCGUGGAAGUACCGGUGCCCGGACUGCUCCUGCCUCACAUGCAGCCUCCCCUGCGUGCAGGCCCACAAGCGCUGCACCGCCUGCUCCGGCAAGCGCCCCCGCACCGUCCCCGUCCCACUCGCCCAGUUCGACGACAACCAGCUCCUCUCCGAUUACAACUUGCUGGAGGAGACGAGCCAGGUCAGGGAGUCGGCCCACAGGCUGCUCGGCGGCUUCGGCCGCAACUACGGCUGCAGCUUCGAGGGACGCCAUGGCGCCCAACUACCGCCGUGGCUCUCCUUCCUCCGCAAGGCUGCGGAGCGCCGGGGCGUCCGGCUCGCCUUCCAACCCAUUGGCAUGACCAGGAGGGAGCAGAACCGCUCGCGGCACGACAGGAGGGUUCUGUUGGCGACGCUGACGGUCGUUGAAAGGUUCGUGGACUCAACGGUGUCGUGGCAGCCGGUGCACGGAGAAGCAAAGCUGCUACAUGUCCUCUACCUCUGGCACCCCAGCACAUGGGGUGCGGGGCACUUGUACGAUGGCUUCCUCCGUCCGCUGGUGCAGUAGUGCAGAACCGGGCUUUAGCGCCGGUUCGUAAGGGCCUUUAGUGCCGGUUCUGCAACCGGCACUAAAGAGUGGAGACUAAAGGCCCCCCCUUACUACCGGUUCGGCACGAACCGGCGCUAAAGUGCCACCACGUGGCACGAGCCAGACCCGGGUGCUGGUAGACCAUUAGUACCGGUUGGUAGCACCAACCGGUACUAAAUGUUUGGGGGGG